ACACCCACGCGGGGACACCGCCGAGCUUCCAUCAUUAAGCAGACCCUGAAAAACAUCGGCGAGUAAUCGUGAUUUAUAUUUAAAAAGACACACCGGAUCUGAUUAUGUAUCUGCCUCUGGGUGGAGAUGAGCCUAACGUGUGAAAGAGUCCUCCUUUGUAAUCAAUUAGGAGUUUGGGGUAAAGAAACGUCCUUGUUGCGCGCACUCGCUUCUCCUCCGGUCACGCAUGUGACAUGUCGAAGGUAAACAGUGAAGUCAAGAGGCACAUGUGUCCUGAAAGUCUAAUACACGAUCACGACGGGGACACUUUCGGCUUUGGAGACGACCUGGAGCUGAAUCAGUUCGACGGGCUGCCCUUCUCGUCCCGCUACUACAAGCUGCUGAAGGAGAGGAGAGAGCUCCCGGUAUGGCGGGCCAGGGGCCAGUUCCUGGACGCCCUGGUGAACAACCAGCUGGUUCUGGUCUCAGGAUCGGCGAGGACUGGCCAAAGCACACAGAUCCCCCAGUGGUGUGCGGAGCUCUGUCUGUCGGCCCGGUUCCGCCACGGCACGGCGGUGUGCACGCAGCCCGGCCCCCAGCGGGCGGUGGAGCUGGCCCUGCGCGUGGCCGACGAGAUGGACGUCAACAUCGGCCACGAGGUGGGCUACCGCAUCCCGCUGAAGAGCUGCUGCUCCCACGACACCGUGCUGAGGUUCUGCACGGAUGACGUGCUCCUGCGAGAGAUGACCUCCGACCCCGUCCUGGAGCGCUACGGCGUGGUGGUGGUCGACCGCGCCCACGAGCGCACGCUGAGCACCGACGUCCUGCUGGGGCUCCUGGGGGCCCUGCUGCAGCGGCGGCCCGGCCUCAGGGCCGUGGUCCUCAUGGAGCCCCCCCCCGGCGCGGCCCAGAGGCUGAGGGGUCACUACGGGGGCACCGCCGCCGCCCUGCUCUGUCUGGAGGCGCCGGGCCCCGCCCAGGUGGUCUACGCUUACCACAACAACAACAACAACAACAAUAGUGUCGCCGCCGCCGGUGGUGGAGGCGGCGGCGGUUGCCAUAGCGACGACUACUUCUACUCGGCCCUGAGGCUGGUGUUGGAGAUCCACCGCACCAGGGAGCGGGGAGACGUGGCCGUGUUCCUGGCCUCCGCGCAGGAGGUGGAUGUGGCCCACAGCAUCCUCCAGAGGGAGAGCACCCGCCUGGGGGCCGACCUGGACCGCCUGGUACCGGUGCGGCUGUGUGGGGCGGGGCCGGCCGAGCCCCCGGCCCGGGACCCGACGGCGGGGGCCGGGGGGGGCACCAGGAGGGUCUUCCUGUCCUCGCAGCAGGGGGAGGAUCUCCUCGGGGCGGUCGACGGCCUCCACUUUGUCAUCGACACCGGCGUGGAGAAGAGAUUCGUGUACAAUCCGAGGAUCAGGGCCUACUCCGAGGUGAUCCGGCCCAUCAGCCAAUGCCGGGCGGACGUGCGCAAGCAGCUCUGUCGCCCCACGGGGAAGUGCUUCUGUCUGUACCCCGAGGGGAAGGCGCUCCCUGCCGAGAACGCGCCCCGCAUCCUGGAGUCCAACCUCACCUCCACGGUCCUGUUCCUCAAACGCAUGGAGAUCGGGGGUCUGGGACACUGUGACUUCAUCCACCAACCAGACCCCGAGGGUCUCAUGCAGGCCCUGGAGGAGCUGGACUACCUCGCCGCCCUGGACAACGACGGGAACCUGUCAGAGAUCGGGGUCAUCCUGUCGGAGUUCCCCCUGGACCCCCAGAUGGGCCGCGCCCUGCUGGCGUCCUGCGAGUUCGACUGCGCCAGCGAGAUGCUCACGGUGGCCGCCAUGUUGUCUGCGCCUUGCUGUUUCCUGGCGCCCCCUGCUGGCAUGAUCCACGAGGCGCAUCAGUGCCACAGACGGUUCCAUCACCCCGAGGGAGACCACUUCACCCUCAUCAACAUCUACAACGCCUUCAAACGGAGCCAGAGGGAACCACACUUUAAUGUCGAAAGCUGGUGCCGGGACAAUUUCCUCAACCCCACGUCCCUGGAGACGGCCGAGUCGUUGCGGUCAGAGUUGACGGAGAUCCUGAGUCGGAUAGAACUUCCUGUCUCCGAGCCCGCCUUCGGCACCCAGACCAACACCCUGAACCUCAAGAGAGCCCUGCUGUCUGGGUUCUUCAUGCAGAUCGCGCGGGACGUGGACGGGGGAGGGAACUACUUCAUGCUGACCAAUAAGCACGUGGCCCAGGUGCACCCGGUGUCCGGGUACGGGCCCAGCAGCCACAAGCUGGGCCUGCCUGAGUGGGUGGUGUUCCACGAGUAUGCCCUGGCCGAGAACAACUGCGUCCGCACGCUGUCUGAGAUCUCCCCACAGCUGUUUAUCGAGAUGACUCCCCAGUACUUCUUCUACAACCUGCCCUCCAGCGAGAGCAAAGCCAUCCUGCAGCACAGCCUGGAGCGAAACGCCUCCAGAAACUGCCCCGCCGACCUGAAGCCCAAGAAGUCUCUCGCGGUGCACAGGGAGGUCAGCCAGGAGACGUUGUAUGACAGAUGCGUGUUGCAAUGAAUUCACGCUUUCCAAUAUGGCUGCCUUAAACCAGCCGGCAACUGCAGUCCACGUACGGUGACAUAUUAUACCACAAGGUGUUAGUUGGAUUAGCCGUUACAAGCAGUUUUGAAAAUCUAAUCUGGUUUAUCACACUGACAACUGGUGGUAUAAUAUGUCACCUUUAAGCCUUUAUUUGGAGUUUACCAGCAAUAAUUGACCAAGUGGUUGCUGGUCUUUCUGUACAUGUAGGUACGUAAGCUAGUUAUUCCUCCCACCGUUUUAACCAUUCCACCGCUGCUAUGGACAAAUGGAGCCUUAAAUCUGUCCUCUUUAGAACCUGCUUCGUGUAUAUAGAUCAUGUUUUACUUUAGAAAAAAAAAAGUUGAUGUGUUUCAAUUUGGUGAAAAAGAUGUGUUAAGUAAUUCAUGGUUUCCUUCUGGCAGGGGCACAUUGACUGGUGUUUUAAAGCAUGUGUUGAUGAAUAAAUACUGUCCAAUACAAGAA